AUGUCUUCAAUUGUGACGAGUAUUCUCAAUUCAACACUUGGUUUAUUAUGGAAUAAGGUCAGAGACUCGACGGCAGAAAAAUUCAAAGACGGCGAUGUAACCGAUGCAGAAAUUCGAAAGUUUGUCGUACGCGAGUUAAAUGAUAUCAAGUCUAAAAUCGAUGGCCUUUCCCGAUCAACUUUACUCGCCAGUUACGAUUUUCUAGAAGAAGGAGUUGUGUUACUCAGUGUUUCUCUUGAUAAAUCAAAUCCCGAGCAGAAAGCGAGCGAAACUCGGGACAAACCGGGUGAACCUUCGAGCGUUAUUCAGUCUGGUAUCUUAAACCAAGCAAUAGAGCUUCCUCGCGCCAUGGAAAAGCUUAAAAUCAACUUGGACAGAGAGUUUGAAACUGCGAGGGAAAGAUUCAAAGAUGCGCGCAAGACAGCAACCACUGCUUUCUGGAAUGAGGCAUUUAGUAUCGAAGAUCGAAUUUUUGCCGCGAAGCUACGAAUAGUUUCAGAAAUACUGGAACAUGUCGAUCGUCCUGAGACCGCAAUCACGUGCACUGGGUGUUUGUCGUUUUUGAAGAAGCUUCAUAGCUUACCAGCCAUUCAAGAGAUAUUCUCGGUGUAUUUGAACGGUGGAUUCAAAUCGUUGUUGAAUAAAACUCAACGAGUGGAGAACGUCAAGUCGGUUAUGUUAAUAAACUAUGUGUUGUUUCAAUAUGUCGGGAAAUUCAGCAGCAAGUAUUUGUUUGAAGUGCCUGCCUGCAUGCCAACGAUUGAAGUUCCUGAUCGUAGUUUCCACCCAAUAAGAAAUUGGAAGGAAGUUUCAACAAGAAAGUCUAUGGGAGAGGAAUUGCCUCAUCCUUCCUACGAACAGUUCCUUGAUGAAAAAAUAAUACCCGACUUAUCUGCUGUGAACAGUCAGGGGGAUAUUCUUACAUUCCCUGAAACUGAGUCUAGUGACGAUAUCAUGAUUAUUCAUGCGGCAGGAAAAAUCAAACGGGUCCUUUACUUCGAGCACUUCAAUUUAUCGGAUAUCAGUGACAUACGUAGAUCAGUGGCUGAGAAGUUGUCUUUUCCUGUCGUGACUCGUCUGCUGUUGCUGGUCACUGGGGUCGCUGGUCCUCUUGGACAGAAUGCGAUGAAAAUUGCAAGCGUCAUCGAUCCAGAAAAUGUUCAGAUCCCGCCCCGAUACAUGGCGGGAACGACUGCUCAGGGGUUGCGAAGGAAGAAAAAGAUUGCUACGCCAACAGUACAUGCAACCCAGGUGGAAUUUGAAGCAAUUCGUGGACGAUCUUUUUAUUCUGACAUGGCUUUGGAUGACAUCCAUUUCACGGAAAUGCCCUGUGGUGUACAACACUUGGGAUGUUUUAACGAUCGUUAUAAAAGAGCUUUGCCAGACUUGAUCGCGAAUCUCCGGGACAAAAUAGAUUGGUAUGACAUGCAAAAGACCGUCAAAGAAUGCGCCUGUGUUGCUUAUGACAAAGGAUACAAGUAUUUUGCUGUGCAGUUUUAUGGAGAGUGUUGGGGCGCAAGAAGUAUGAUUGAAUAUGACAAAUAUGGUGCUUCCAACGACUGCUGGUCUGGUGUCGGAAAAGAUUUCACGAAUUAUGUUUAUAAAUUCACGAAAUAAGAUACGUUUUAUUUUCAUUCUAUCUAUAUCUUAGCAUUCCCAAUAUUUUAGGAUUAAGCCACUAGUAUGUAGGAAAUUGCAUGACAAAAGUCACAAAGAUUGGAAAGAAGAAGACUUGCGUCCGUGCAAAUCUAUUCUUAUAGAGAGUUUACCGUUCAGUAUUGUAUACAUAUUUAUUUUAAUUUUGAAUAGAAAC